GGGCUUUAUCCACCACUUGUCUUUUCCUGAAAUUUCAUCAUCAUCAUCGGAAAGAUCUUCACGAAUUCACGAUUUUUUAAUACUUCCCAUUAAAAUAAUAAAUGGGAAAAACCCAAUCAUAGUCUCAAAAUCUCACUCUUGAUACAAGAGAGAGAGAAGAUUACAGUCCUGUACAAGAAAUGGGGAAGGGUGGGAUGUCCCAUGGAAACGUUGGAGAGGGGAAAGAUGGAGAAGAAGAGAACAUGGCAGCUUGGCUUCUUGGGGUUAACAAUCUCAAGAUUCUGCCUUUUAAGCUUCCUACUCUUGGCCCUCAUGAUGCUAGAAUCCGGAUGAAGGCUGUGGGUAUAUGUGGGAGUGAUGUUCACUACCUCAAGGAGAUGAAAUUGGCAGAUUUUGUUGUCACAGAACCGAUGGUGAUUGGGCAUGAGUGUGCUGGUGUCGUUGAGGAAGUUGGGAGUGAAGUGAAGCAUCUAGCGCCUGGUGACCGCGUUGCCAUUGAACCUGGAAUAAGUUGUUGGAGAUGUGCUCUUUGCAAGGAAGGCAGAUAUAACCUUUGCCCGGAGAUGAAGUUUUUCGCUACUCCCCCUGUUCAUGGUUCCCUUGCAAACCAGAUUGUGCAUCCAGCAGACUUAUGUUUCAAACUCCCCGACAACGUGAGUUUAGAGGAGGGGGCAAUGUGUGAGCCCUUAAGUGUUGGGGUCCAUGCGUGUCGCCGUGCCAAUGUUGGUCCCGAGACAAAUGUUUUGGUGAUGGGAGCGGGACCUAUAGGACUUGUAACAAUGCUUUCAGCUCGAGCUUUUGGAUCUCCAAGAGUUGUGAUUGUCGAUGUAGAUGACCACCGUCUAUCAGUUGCUAAGGAGCUUGGAGCAGAUGAGACCAUCAAAGUUUCGACUAAUAUUAAUGAUGUAUCUGCAGAAGUCGAACAAAUUAAGAAAGCUAUGGGGGCUGGAAUUGACAUAACUUUUGACUGUGCGGGCUUUACUAAAACGAUGUCAACAGCUCUAGGUGCCACUUUGUCAGGUGGAAAAGUUUGCCUUGUCGGGCUGGGUCACACUGAAAUGACAGUCCCCCUUGCCCCUGCUGCUGUAAGAGAGGUCGAUGUGGUAGGCGUAUUCCGAUACAAGAACACAUGGCCUUUGUGCAUCGAGUUUCUGAGGAGUGGAAAGAUAGACGUUAAGCCGUUGAUCACCCACAGGUUCGGAUUCUCUCAGAAGGAGGUUGAAGAAGCUUUUGAAACCAGUGCACGUGGUGGUAACGCUAUCAAGGUCAUGUUUAAUCUGUAGAAGUAUUUCUGUAAAAUAGUAAAAAUAAAGAACAGAGGAAACCGAAUUCAGAGUGAGAUGGCUCGUGUUUCUUCUAUUUUCUUUUGUUAUUUUCCCAAAUAACAAAGCUUGAACGAGAGUCAGAUGUCUAAGUGAAUCUCCCUCGUUUCUGGACCAAAUGUUCCAUAUGUAAAACUGGGCUAACAGUACCAAUCUUCUGUAUUGGCAAUGUUUGAAUUUCAGGAAGAUGGCGCCAAUUAGUACAAUUAGCCAAAUGCAAAAAAAGGCCUUCACUAGA